GGCGAGACCACGGAUUUCGAGCUGUUAAAGCAUCAGCUGUCAGAUCCGGACAUCAAGGAUGCCCAGAUCAUUAAUUGGCUGCAUGAAUUUCGAGCUUCUGUUGCGUAUUUGACCAAAGAACUUGAACAACUGGUCAGCAUUUUGCUGAAGCUGCCGUGGUUGAGAAGAAGCCAAGAGGUGGUGGAAGAAUAUUUGGGUUUUCUGGGCAAUCUAGUGUCAGCACAAACCGUCCACCUUAGGCCGUGUCUGCGGAUGAUCGUAUCACAGUUUGUUCCCCCUCGAGUAACCAUCAGAGAAGAUGAUGUGGAUAUUUCAGAUUCUGAUGAUGAUGAUGAAAACAUUUCUGAAAACUUUAAUACAUGCCAUAGAGCGUUACAAACUGUUGCAAGAUAUGUUCCUUCGACACCACAAUUCCUCAUGCCAAUACUCGUGGAAAACUUUCCUUUCAUUAAUAAAUCAGAAAGAACUCUGGAGUGUUAUGUUCAUAACCUGCUACGAGUUACGGUGUACCUUCCAACCCUGAGGCUUCAAAUUCUGGAGCUUAUUAUUGAAAAGCUGUUAAAGUUGGAUGUUAGUACACCACUACAAGAUAUUGAAGAUGCUGAAGAAACUGCAAAUAACUCUGAUAGUGAGAAAAAAUCUACAGAGGAGGGACUUUUUGACAUGGAGGAAGAUGAAGAAAGGAAAGGAAACAAAGUUGUCUCUUCCAGUGGGGAGAGGAUGGCCCAUCCACUUGCAGAGCGCCUUGAUAUUUUGAUGACCAUCCUGUUUUCCUAUAUUAAGGAUGUUUGCCACGUGGAUGGCAAACUUGAUAUGAAGAACACAAAGGAUUUGUAUCGGGAUCUGGUUUCUGUUUUUGACAAGCUCAUUUUACCAACCCAUGCUUCCUGUCACGUACAGUAUUUCAUGUUUUACAUCUGUAGCUUUAAAUUGGGUUUGGCUGAGGCAUUUUUAGACCAUCUUUGGAAAAAACUGCAUGAUCCAAACAACCCUUCAGUGAUCAGGCAGACUGCUGGGAGUUACAUUGGCAGCUUCUUGGCAAGAGCUAAAUUUAUUCCAGUUGUGACAGUAAAAGCAUGCCUGGAUCUUCUGGUGAGCUGGCUGCAUAAGUACAUUGAUAAUCAGGACACAGGGGCUAACGCUUACUGCGACGUAGCUCUCCAUGGGCCGUUUUAUUCCACAUGUCAGGCCGUCUUCUAUACACUGAUUUUUCGUCAUAAGCAACUUUUGGAUGGAAACUUAAGGAAAGGUCUGUCAUAUCUGCAGAGUUUAAAUUUUGAGCGCAUUGUCAUGUGUCAGCUAAACCCCCUGAAGAUAUGUAUACCCUCUGUUGUGAACUUCUUUGCUGCCAUCACCAGGAAGUACCAGCUGGUGUUCUGCUACACGAUUAUGGAGAGGAACAACAGGCAGCUGAUCCCCGUGGUGCGGAGCGGCUCCGGGGGUGAGCUCGUGCAGACGUGCACCAACCCGCUCGACAGCUUCUUCCCCUUCGAUCCCUACGUGCUCAAGAGAUCAAAGAAGACCAUUGAUCAUUUUUACCAGUUUUGGGAAGAGCUGAGUGCUGAAGAUCUUGAGAAUCUGAAGAAACCCAUUAAAAGGGGUACUUCUGAAGAUGAAGAUGAUGACUUUUUGAAAGGAGAAACCCCUCAAAAUGAUGGUGUGGUUGGAAUUGCUCCCAGUUCCUAUGAGUCAAGUACCCGCAGCCCAGUGAGCAGCGUGGGCUCCCCCCCGGACUGUUACGUGCCGUACCCUCAGUGACGUGGAGAAUCAGAAGAGAAAAGGUUGAAAACUGUGUGCAGUUUUUUGCUCUGUAAAGAGACUAGCUCAACUUUCCAAACUGGCAAAUGUUUAAGUAACUACAUUUAAGAAAAAUAUAUUGUUUCUUAAUCAUCAGAUUUCUACAGAUAUGUUAUGAUAAAGUCAUAUGUUGCUAGAAAAGCUUAGAGAAUAAAUAGGGUGAUAUUUUACAAA